AUGUCGUCACAAGAGACACACGAAAAGAAGAAUUAUGUUGUCACAUCAGUCAGUGUUGUUGCUGAUGAUAAGGACAGUCAAAUCGAGAGCCCAUACUCCGAGGAAUCACAAAGUAAGGGGUUCUUUCAGGCUUUUUUAGAUGGGUUCAAGCCCCUAGACAUUGGUGAAAUUGAUCCCAAUUUGACAGACGUUGAAAGAGCCAAUUUGAUUUCUGCUAGGGCUUCAUUGAAGAGAGGUUUGAAAAACAGACACUUGCAAAUGAUUGCAAUUGGUGGCUCCAUUGGUACUGGUUUAUUUGUUGGUGCUGGCUCGGCAUUGGCAAAAGGUGGUCCUGCUGCGCUUAUCAUUGCAUGGGUCUUAACGGGGUCUAUGAUGUAUUGCACCGUUCAAGCAUUAGGUGAAUUGAGUGUCCUUUUCCCAGUUGCAGGGUCUUUCACUCAAUUCAAUACAAGGUUUAUCUCUCCUGCAUGGGGGUUCUGCAUGGCCUGGAACUAUGCCUUGGGUUGGUUGAUCACUUUACCUUUGGAGUUGGUUUCGGCCUCUAUUACUAUCGACUACUGGAACUCAGAAAUUAAUUCUGCCGCUUGGGUCACUAUUUUCUAUGUUGUGAUUGUUGGCAUCAACGUCUUCGGCGUUAGAGGGUAUGGUGAAGCCGAAUUCAUCUUUUCAGCAUUGAAGGUCCUGGCAGUAGUUGGUUACAUCAUCCUAGGUAUUGUCAUCAAUUGUGGUGGCGGUCCUAAAGGUGGUUACAUUGGUGGUAGAUUCUGGAGCGAUCCCGGUGCUUUCUCACAUGGAUUCAAAGGUGUUUGUUCUGUUUUCGUUACCUCUGCAUUUUCCUUUGGUGGUACUGAAUUAGUAGGCCUUGCUGCAGCAGAAACAGAGAAUCCUAGAAAGUCUUUGCCAACCGCUACGAAGCAAGUGUUUUGGAGAAUCACUCUUUUUUACAUUAUUUCGUUGACUCUAAUUGGUGUUAAUGUCCCCUAUAACGAUCCAAGGCUAUUGGGUAACUCUGGAGCUGCAGCUUCGCCAUUUGUCCUAUCAAUUCAAAAUGCAGGAAUCAAGGGUUUACCUUCUGUUAUGAAUGCUGUUAUCAUGAUUGCAGUUUGCUCGGUUGCAAACUCUUCCGUCUAUGCAGCUUCCAGAACUAUUGCAGCAUUGUCAAACCAAGGAUUUGCUCCAAAACUUCUAGGCUAUAUCGAUAGAGAGGGAAGACCUUUGGGAGGAAUUGCUGUCUCAUUGACCGUUGGUUUGCUCUGUUAUUUGUCGGCUUACAAAAAUCAUUCUCAAGUUUUCGAUUGGAUGUUGUCAAUCUCUGGAUUAUCUUCAAUCAUCAGUUGGGGAUCAAUCAACGCAUGCCAUCUUCGAUUCCGAAGAGCACUCUCUGUUCAAGGUAGAACUACAGAUGAGGUGCCUUUUACUGCUCAAACAGGCAUCUAUGGCUCUAUCUUUGGUGUCUUGUUGAACUGCCUGAUUCUUGCUGCACAAUUUUGGGUUGCCUUGUUCCCAGCUGGUAAACCGGCCAGUGCCGAGUCUUUCUUUAAGGUCUACCUUUGUGUCCCCGUAUUGAUUGUUUUUUACUUUGGCUGGAUGCUAUACAAGAAAAACUAUACUUUCUUCAUCAAAUAUUCGAAUAUUGACCUUGACACCGGCAGAAGGGUGCUAGAUGUAGAAGCCCUCAAGCAAGAGAUUGCCGAGGAAAAAGCUUUUAUUGCUUCGAAACCGUUCUAUUACAGAGUCUACAAAUUUUGGUGUUAA